CUCUCCUUCUAUCCGAUGGUCCAGCCCAGCCUUCUCCACUGACUUUUUUCCCUCUUGCACAGCGUUGGGAUCUUCGGUCAGGGUGGCAGCAGGAGACUUGUAUAUGGCACACCGAUAAACAGUCCGAGAAUGGAGAGAUGGGGCCUUUAGUCCCCUAGAGGCAUUGGAGAAGGGAGAGAUGGCCGAGGUUCUCCGUCACGUGGUGCCAGACAGACUAAUCACCGGCAGUCCUCCGCCAUGCGGUGAAUAUCUCAGGUCAUGUGACCACGCCAGUUACCCACGUGGGGGCACAGUGUGGUGUUCUUUGUGCUCGGGCAACGCGAUAAAAAUACUGCUUCGCUGGGCGACGUGGUGCAGGAGGGCGUUCGUUACAGUGAUGCCGAAGCGUGGGAAAAAGGGAGCGGUGGCAGAAGACGGGGUAGAGCCCAAGACUGAGCCAGAGGCCAAGAAGAGUAAAGUGGGAGUAGGAGCAAAGAAAAACGAAAAAGAGGCAGCAGGAGAGGGGCCAGCCCUGUAUGAGGACCCCCCAGAUCAGAAAACCUCACCCAGUGGCAAAUCAGCCACACUCAAGAUCUGCUCCUGGAAUGUGGAUGGACUUCGAGCCUGGAUUAAGAAGAAAGGUUUAGAUUGGGUAAAGGAAGAAGCCCCAGAUAUCCUGUGCCUGCAAGAGACCAAAUGUUCAGAGAAUAAACUACCGGCUGAACUUCAAGAUCUGCCUGGUCUAUCCCAUCAGUACUGGUCAGCUCCUUCAGACAAGGAAGGGUACAGUGGUGUGGGCCUACUCUCCCGCCAGUGCCCACUCAAAGUCUCCUAUGGCAUUGGUGAAGAGGAACAUGACCAGGAAGGCCGAGUGAUUGUGGCUGAAUUUGAUGCAUUUGUGCUGGUAACAGCCUAUGUACCUAAUGCGGGCCGAGGUCUGGUGCGCCUUGAGUACCGGCAGCGCUGGGAUGAAGCCUUUCGCAGGUUUCUGAAGGGCUUGGCUUCCCGCAAGCCUCUUGUGCUAUGUGGGGAUCUCAAUGUGGCUCAUGAAGAAAUUGACCUUCGAAACCCCAAGGGAAACAAAAAGAAUGCUGGCUUCACUCCACAAGAACGGCAAGGCUUCGGGGAACUGCUGCAGGCUGUGCCACUGGCUGACAGUUUCCGGCACCUCUACCCCAACACAGCCUAUGCCUAUACCUUUUGGACCUACAUGAUGAAUGCUCGAUCCAAAAACGUUGGUUGGCGCCUUGAUUACUUUUUGGUGUCUCACUCUCUGUUACCUGCAUUGUGUGACAGCAAGAUCCGUUCCAAGGCCCUGGGCAGUGACCACUGUCCCAUCACCCUAUACCUAGCACUGUGAUACCUCUCCUAAAUCACUUUGAGCCUAGGAAGUAAGCCUCUAAAACUAGCUUUAAAACUCCUUGCCCCCGCCCCCACCUUCUGCCAAACUUCUUUAAAAAUUGCUCUCUAAAAAAUUCUGCACUGCAUUUCCCUUCUAAAAAUAUGAAUCCUUCAACCAGGCUCCUAGUGACAGGUUUCCUUUAAGCUCAAGGUAUUUGUGUGUGUAUGUGUGUGUGUGUGUGUUUUUUACAUUCAACAAAAGCUACUGAUGACUUCUUUUGAAUUGUCCACGUGAAAAUAAAGAGCCAUAAUUUCAA